GUAUUGAUAACAGCAGUCGCGAGACACACGCUUUACCGUGCGUACGUACGACGGAGACUGACGUCAUAGUUCACUAAUAGACGAAUGUGAGAUAUUUGUGGCACAACAUGGGUGUUCCCAUGGUAAACAAGUGUUGCUACUGUGUUAGUCUACACACAGGAACCCUAGUCAUUGCCUAUACGUAUACAGUAUGGGCGCUUCUGGAGUUGACAGCUUACUGCCUACUGGUGACGUUGGCGCCACUAGUGCGCGAGGGCGAUCUCUCCGCGCACAAGUACGCCCUCUACGUCACCGCGGCGGCCGUCAGCGGUGUUCAUCUUCUUUGCUCCUUACUGCUCAUUGUUGCAGCUUAUAAGAAAUUGGCGUCACUCACGUUGCCAUGGACUAUUGUGACGGGCAUCCUGACAGCGCUCUUCUUCGUGAUGUGCCUGACUGGCAUCAGCCUCAUCUUGCAGGACUCCGGGGAGAUGCUGGGCGUCGAGGCCGUUAUUAUAUUCGUACAUCUCAUGAGAGCUUGUGUGUCAGUGUACUGCAUAGUGAUAGUGCACAGUCGGCACAAGCAGAUCAUGUACGAGGAGGACGAACAGAGGUUCCAGAACUCGGCGCGCCUCUACAAGGCGGUGCGGACCUCCGAACCUGCUGCGUGAAGUCCUGGAGAGAUUGCAGAAUUUCUUUGAACGAUGGUGCUAACAGAAAUGCCAAGAUCUCACUGCAUGCAAUGCAUUAAAUAGCUAAUCUGCUGCCUUACAUUCUGACAGUGAAGUGUCCAGAAGCCUUAAUUCAGUAGAUAAAUAAAAUGUAAAUUUUAUAAAAUUAUUAAAUGUAGUCAUCACAUUUUGUAUGUUUUUAAUAAACAAUGAUAUAAUUAUUUUAAUAACAACGUUUCUAUCUCAAGAGUUACCUUAUGGUGUAUUUAAGUAAUGGUUAGGUUGUCAUUGUGUAACGGGCUGUGGUUAAUUUUAAAUACCUGGAACUGCUAUUUGUUAGUAGAGAUAUUAAAGUAUUUUGUUAUUUAAUUAUUAUUAUAAAUAAAAGU